ACAGCGAUACGCGAGUGUGCGACAGAGACAGAGAGAGUGGGCGCUGGCGGCGCUGGUGAGGCCGCGCUGGGUAUAAGCUCUCAGUGACGCUUGUGGUCUUCAGUCCCACGCCGGUGUCCAGCCCGUCCACAUCGUCUGUUGCCGUCCGCGCUCGUCACGCACAAAACAACCAUGCCCAGCUACAAGCUCACGUACUUCCCCAUCCGCGGGCGCGCGGAGCACCUUCGUGUCAUGUUCGCGUACGCCAAAGUGCAGUACGAGGAUAACCGCAUCUCGCAGGACGAGUGGAAGACCAUCAAGCCGACAACUCCUUUCGGCCAGCUCCCCGUCCUCGAGAUCGACGGCGUCCCGGUCGAGCAGUCCAUCUCCCUGGCGCGCUACCUUGCCAAACAGUUCAACAUCGACGGCAAGGACGACAUGGAGCGCCUCCAGGCCGACGUUUUCGUUUCACACAUCGAGGACUCGAGAGCCGGUUUUGUAGGCGUGCUCAAAGAACAAGAUCCUGAAAAGAAGGCAAAACUGCUGGAAACACAGAAGACUGAAGUUCUACCAGCGUUCUUUGAGAAGUUGGACAAAAGAGUAGCCAAGAACGGAGGUUUCUCUGCUGGAAAAUCGCUCCUGUGGAGUGACAUAAUGCUGGCCACCUACCUAGAAGCCCUCGUCAUCAAGGAUAUUAUUGGAGCUGAUUUUGACGCCAAAUACCCCAAUUUAGCCAAAGUGAAGGACGCCGUUUUCAACAACCCAUCUGUUAAAGCAUACAUCGACAAGAGGCCACACACCGAUAUUUAAAAAAUCUCAGUUUUAAUACCUGUAAAAUAUAAGGCUACAAAUUGUUUUUAAUUAUCACCUCUAUAGUAUUAUUUAACUGUCCAUGAAACCUACAAAAUAAACAUGGUCAACAAAA